AAAAAGGGGUUGGACAUUGGAACCGUUGGUUCAUCUUCUUCAUAAUUUCUCUCUGUUUUAGAAUAUUUUUGUUUAGCAAAGCCCUAAUUUCUCUCCCACUUUUUCUCAGCAACCAAACCAACCUCCACCACAUACAUUUCCCCAUUGCCAACCAUUUCCCUUCAGGAUUUUCCCCCUUUUACAAUCUCCAUUUCCACAUUAAUUCCCCUCCUUCUCCUCUCUCUCCUUUUCCAUUAAACCCUAAAAUCACUUUCCUCCCAUCCUCAUCGCUUUUUAUUUUCUCUCUCGCUCUCUCUCUCUCUCCCUCUCUUUUUCACCUACUCCCAAUCUCCUCCUGCCCUUCGCCGGCUGGCACAGAUCUCUCAUCCAAUACACAAACGCGACAUAUAAUACAUAAAUCAUUUUACAAAUGGAUCCAACGGAACUACGAAGAGUAUUCCAAAUGUUCGAUCGCAACGGCGACGGCAGAAUCACCAAGAAGGAACUAAGCGACUCCUUGGAGAAUUUGGGAAUUUUCAUUCCUGAUAAAGAUCUGACUCAAAUGAUUGAGAAAAUCGACGUCAAUGGCGAUGGAUGUGUCGAUAUUGAUGAGUUCGGUGAGCUGUAUCAGUCGAUUAUGGACGAGCGAGACGAGGAGGAGGAUAUGAGAGAAGCUUUCAACGUCUUCGAUCAAAAUGGCGAUGGAUUCAUCACCGUCGACGAAUUGAGGUCAGUUCUAGCUUCCUUGGGGCUUAAACAAGGGAGAACUGUAGAGGAUUGCAAGAAAAUGAUAAUGAAAGUGGAUGUGGAUGGAGAUGGAAUGGUGAAUUAUAAAGAGUUUAAACAAAUGAUGAAGGGAGGCGGAUUUAGUGCAUUAGGUUGAUGAUAUAUACACACACACAUAUAUAUCUUUCUCACUUAAUCACAAACCUUCAAUUUCCCAAACAAAACAAAUAAAAAACAAAAAACAAAAACAGAGAAUGAGAGAGAGAGAAACAGAGAGGAUGUUUUUCCAUUAGAGUUCUGUAUAUAAAACCUUGAAGAAGAUGAAGAAGACGACGAUGAAGAAGACGACGAAGGAAAAGAAGAGGAAAGAUUUGAUAAUUACACACAAAGUUGCAUGGAUUAUUUCUGCAAUCUGUCCACGUGUUGGCACGACAUUGGCCAGUUUGUUUUCACCCAAUUGUCUACUGACACGUGCUGAGAAUAUUAUAUAUAUUUAAAAUGUUUUUGAAUUAUUAAUUUUAAUUUAUUGAAUAUUCCAUGUAAUUUUGAAUUUUUUAAUUGUUGGGGAAAGAGAAGGAGGGAGAAAGAAAGAAAGGGAUAGUGAUUACUUUGUUGAUUGUCGGUUCCGGGUCGGGACACCAACAAAAUAUUAUUAUGUUUUUUUUUCCUCUUUUUUCUUUUUUUAAUUAAUUUGUUUUUCAAACUCAGUAAGA